UGCGAGCGGACGCGCCUGACUUUGGGGCACUUCUCUUUCCACCCGUUCGCAGACUUCCCUCAACCACAACAAACAUGUCCGCCGACGCAACAGUAACCAUUGAGACCAUAGUCCCCGCCGUCGCAGCCGGCUCUGGGAAGAGCGGCGCCGCGGGCGUCCGUGGCAAGCCAGUCUCAGGACGAGUAUGGAAGACCACACAAACAAAGAGGCACACCUCUAUGAAGCCCCGUAUGCUUCGUCAAGGCUGGCAAAAGCAAAUAGAAGAGCGCAAGCAACAUCAAGUAAUGAAAGCUAUUGAGAAGGAGCUCAAGGAUGAGAAGGCUGCUGAGAGACAGGAACGUCUGAAGCGGAAAGAGGAGAAUGAGAAGAAGGCUGAGGUCGUGCAGAAGGUCUCUGCUGCCAAGGUGAAAAGGAUGAAGAAGAAGCAGCUUCGUCAGUUGCGUAAGGAGUAGAUGGAUGGACCCUAGACAAUGCAAAUGGAGAAGGUGGAUAAUAUUGGCAGCGAGCUGCUCAGAGGGUUUGGACGACGGGCGUGAGGCACAGGCGGUAGCUAUUUAAACGGCACGAUUCUGCCCAUUUGGCAUCACUAUC